GCUGUGAUCAUUGUGGGGCAGGGGAGAGGGAGCUGAAUGGUGAAUGCCGGGAAGGAAGAAAGGAGCUCAUUGGAGGACACAGCAGCGUUGGGGCAGCCAGGAGGGAGCCGAUUGAUGGUCCUGUGGCAGCGGGGCAGGCAGGAGGGCUCUGAUUGGUGGGCACCGUGGCGGGAUGGCAGGCAGGAGGGCGCCGAUUGGUGGCACCAUGGCGGGAGGGCAGGCAGCUGCCUGGUCCUGCUGUGGUCGCCCACACGCCUGUGCCCCACGGUGCCAGGGCGGCGGUGGCAGCGGGACGUCAACGCGGUCGGCAGUGAUGGGCACCGGGACGGAGCCAUCGGAGGCGCGGCACGACGUGGCAGAGGGGAGUCUCUACCUGGACUACAAUGCCACCACCCCGCUGGCCCCCGAGGUGGCCCAGGCCGUGGGGGACGCCAUGUGUCAGGCCUGGGGCAACCCCAGCAGCUCCCACCCUGCAGGUCUCAUCCCGCAGGCAGGAAGGCGAAGGAGCUCAUCAGCAGUGCCCGGGAGAGCCUGGCGAGGAUGGUGGGAGGCCGGCCGGAGGACAUUGUCUUUACCUCAGGGGGCACAGAGGCCAACAACAUGGUGAUCCACACUGCCUGCAGGCACUUCCAUGGAAGCCAGGCCAGGCCGGGGGGCAGCUGGGGGACGCCGCACAUCGUGACGUCAAGCGUGGAGCACGACUCCAUCCGCCUGCCGCUGGAGCAGCUGGUGAAGGAGAGCCUGGCGGAAGCCACUUUUGUGGCUGUGUCCCCACAAAGCGGACAGGCUGAGGUGGAUGAUGUCCUCGCUGCUGUCCGGCCAACGACCUGCCUGGUUUCCAUCAUGUUGGCCAAUAACGAGACUGGGGUCAUCAUGCCUGUUGCAGAGCUGAGCCAGCGCGUCCGUGCCCUCAAUCAGCGGAGAGAGGCGGAAGGGCUGCCCAGAAUCCUGGUGCACACGGACGCGGCGCAGAUGAUUGGCAAGGGGCGUGUGGACGUGCAGGAGCUGGGUGUGGACUACCUCACCAUCGUGGGACACAAGUUCUACGGCCCACGGAUUGGUGCGCUGUACGUGCGUGGCCCCGGCACCACCACCCCGCUGCACCCCAUGCUCUUUGGAGGGGGACAGGAGAGGAAUUUCCGUCCAGGCACGGAGAACACCCCAAUGAUUGCCGGCCUCGGCCAGGCUGCAGAGUUAGUAAGCAAGAACUGUGAGGCCUACGAGGCUCAUAUGCGGGAUGUUCGGGAUUACCUGGAGGCCAGGCUGGAGGCCUCCUUUGGGAAGCAGAGGAUCCACUUCAACAGCCACUUUACAGGCUCCAAGCGACUCUGCAACACCUCUAACGUCUCCAUCCUGGGCCCAGGCCUUCAAGGGCGAAGGGUGCUGUCUUCCUGCAAGACGCUUCUCGCCAGCGUCGGUGCUGCCUGCCACUCUGAGAAAGGGGAUCGGCCCUCCUCCAUUCUGCUCAGCUGUGGGAUCCCCUACAACGUGGCACAGAAUGCCUUGCGGCUGAGCGUGGGGCGAGAUACCACCCGAGCAGAUGUGGACCUGGUUGUGCAGGACCUGGUGCAGGCUGUGGCGCAGCUGGACCAGGACCAAGCCCCGUAGGCACCGGGAGUCGCCAUUCCCAGCCUUCACCCAGGUUCUCGGGAUGGGAUUGUGCCCUGCUUGGCCCCUGGGUGCUGGCUGCCACUGUCAGUUUGGGCUCAGAUGUUGGAUCCCUAAGUUGAACUGAGCCAGGCUGCAGUUUGUGAUCGUGGAUCAGACACUGGGGAAGUGGCGGCUGUUGGUGGCAGGAGGAAGUGGGAUCACCCGUUUUGGCAGCAGUGUGCUCUUCAAUCUGCUUGGCCGUGUAUCAGCUUGUGCUCACAGGGAUGCGGGUGGGGCUGGAACGGCUCUGCAGCACGUGCGUCUCAAGCAGAGAAUCAGAGAAUCGUUAUGGCUGGAAGAGACCUUUAAAAUGAUUAAUCAAGUCCAACUGUUGGCGCUGGAGGCAGCAGGGAGCUGUGCUGAGGAGGGGGCUUCGCUGCUUUGGGGCGGGGGCAGCUUAUCAAGAGCUCGCUCAAGACUCUGUUGUCCCCACUGCAUGGUGUGGGCAUUCGAGGAGUCUCGCUGCCGGGUGCUCCUCGCUUGCCAGCAUGUAUCCAGCUGGCUGUGUGCAUGUUGGCAUGACGGAGUGUCAAACCUCAGCUCCCUCUGGAGCAUAACAGGUGUGGAAGCCAUAGGAGAUGGAGCCUUUUGUCCUGAUUGCUUUCCACAGCAGAAGCUCUCCCGUUGUCUUAUCCCUCAGAGGAGGAAAGACCGUCUGCCCCAGAGGGAAACGAGGAGUUGACAGAAACACAGCAAGAUGCUGGGCUGGGAUGCUGCCCCUGCCAAGGCCCUAAGCUACCAAAAGGGUUUUUAUCUGGGAAGGUGCUGGGCACGGCUUUCCCAGCCCUGUGUUGCACUACCUGCUCCCCUUCCUCCUGUCCUUCCUACAGUGGGCAGAGCUCCUGUUGCCGGCUCCACGUGCUCCUAAAGGAAACAGAGUUGUCACAGCAGCCCUAACUGUGCCAGCACCCAAGGAAAUGCGUCUUCCCUGCAUGGCCCAGGCGGCUGGACACAAGUGUCACACGGCUUAGGCGCGUUGCCGUCCAGGCUGACUGAUGUCAGGGAACCUGGUUUCCCUGAGAAUUGAUAGGAAUAAAAGCGAUUGCUGCUGCUGUGGCCUUUUCCCGAGUAAAAUGUAUUUUACGCGGUGUUUUCCAUGGGGAAGCCGGACUGGUUGGGGUCAUCUGAGCUCUAUCUUUUCCCUCAGAAAAUGCUCAUGUCCCAGAACAGAGGCACAGUCUGCUGGAGUGGGGAGGUGCUUGCUGGUCCUGGUUGCUAUGGAGCCUGUGGACACAGAUUCUUAGAUGUUGGUCUUUCUCUUUACUAGCCAUACAUUAGCACAGCCAGGAAUACUAUUUGCAACCAUAAAACCCCGGGGCUUUUUGUAAAUCUGAUUUCUAACGGAAGUGUUAGGACCCAAGCACACUGACUUAAAGUCACUGGCUGCCUGUCAGGAUGUUCAGCGUUAAAGCUGCUGCUCAUACCUCAAUCUCAAAUGCAGUCUUUUCUUUUUCUUCUCUUUCUCCCUUGGAUAAUAGUUGAAAUCUCUGCUAGAAAAAGUGGUUCCAUAAAAAGAAUAUUUCUCUGCUUCAGGGGUAGAUCUU